UUACAAUGAUGAAUAGAGAAGUACUUUUGUUUUACAUCUACUUGUGUAAGUGUAAGAUAUUUUAAUUGAGUUCCUUUUUAAAUCAUUUGUAGUAUGUCGUUUGAAUAUGAUAAGUGAAGCAAGAUGGUUUAUCCAUGUCUAUGUCUUUGAUCCAUUUUGUUUGUUUGCUUUGACAGUUUGUGCUUUUACCAAACCAAACGUAAUCCAACCAGACCCUGUGAUGGUUACUGAGCUGGGAGGCACUGUGACACUCACGUGCUUUUGUCCCAACGUGUCUGUGACCAGAUUUCAUUGGUUCAAGCAGAGUUUUGGACAGAAACCCCUCCUCAUGGCGUCAUCUUUUUAUGGUGGCCAAGGCAGUUAUUAUUCCAACAACUUUAUCAAGGACUUUACUGAGACCAAACGUUUGGGUGUGAGGAGAGGAGACUACAGCUGUAACUUGACCAUAUCCAAGACAGAGCCAGGGGACUCAGCUACAUACUAUUGUUCCAUUACAGCCAUCUAUGAGCAUGCAUUUGGAGAGGGAACUGUUUUAAUUGUCAAAGGUAACACAAUGUCUUUCUUCAAUUUCAAAUUGUGUGGCCCUGUAUGUUGAUAUGUUCGUUCAACUGCUUCAUCAAAUGUAGUUUCAUGCUCUUCACCAAAACACCUUAGAUUUACUUUAGUUACUCACUUUCUUCAGGUUCAGAGUCCAACAGCAUGUCUGUACUCCAGCAGCCUGUGUCUGAGUCAGUCCAGCCAGGAGACUCUGUGACUCUGAACUGUACAAUACACACUGAGACCUGUGUAGGAGAACACAGUGUCUAUUGGUUCAGACAUGGCUCAGGAGAAUCCCAUCCAGGAAUCAUUUACACCCAUGGAGACAGGAGUGAUCAGUGUGAGAACAGCCCUGAUGCUGGGUCUUCUACACAGAGCUGUUUCUACAACCUCCCCAGGAGGAACCUCAGCCUCUCUGAUGCUGGAACUUACUACUGUGCUGUGGCCUCAUGUGGGGAGAUACUUUUUGGGAACGGGACCAAGCUGGACAUUGACUGUAAGUGAAACUUCUGACAUACUGUAAAAGCAUAACCUACAGUGCAUUCGGAAAGUAUUCAGACCCCUUCCGUUUUUACACAGUUUGAUAUGUUACAGCCUUAUUCUAAAAUGGAUGAAAUGAAAAAAUAUCCUCAUCAAUCUACACACAAUACCCCAUAAUUUAUAAAAAAUUAACAAACACAAAUACCUUAUUUACAUAAGCAUUCAGACCCUUUGCUAUGAGACUCGAAGUUGAGCUCAGGUGCAUCCUGUUUCCAUUGAUCAUCCUUGAGAUGUUUCUUCAACUUUAUUGGAGUCAACCUGUGGUAAAUUCAAUUGAUUGGACAUGAUUUGGAAAGGCACACAACUGUCUAUAUAAGGUCCCACAGUUGACAGUGCAUGUCAUAGCAAAAACCAAGCCACGAGGUCGAAGGAAUUGUCCGUAGAGCUCCGAGACAGGAUUGUGUCAAGGCACAGAUCUGGGGAAGGGUACCAAGAACACAGUGGCCUCCAUCAUUCUUAAAUUGAAAAAGUUUAGAAACACCAAGACUCUUCCUAGAGCUGCCGCCUGGCCAAAAGAAGGGCCUUGGUCAUGGAGGUGACCAAGAACCCGAUGGUCACUCUGACAGAGCUCCAGAGUUCCUCUGUGGUGAUGGGAAAACCUUCCAAAAGGACAACCAUCUCUGCAGCACUCCACCAAUCAGGCCUUUAUGGGAGUGGUCAGUCGGAAGCGACUCCUCAGUAAAAGGCACAUGACAGCCUGCUUGGAGUUUGCCAAAAGGUACCUAAAGGACUCUCAGACCAUGAGAAACAAGAUUCUCUGGUCUGAUGAAUCCAAGAUUGAACUCUUUGUCCUGAAUGCCAAGCGUCAUGUCUGGAGGAAACCUGGCACCAUCCCUACGAUGAAGCAUGGUGGUGGCAGUAUCUUGCUGUGGGGAUAUUUUUCAGCGGCAGGGACUGGGAAACUAGUCAGGAUCAAGGGUAAGAUGAACAGAGCAAAGUACAGAGAGAUCCUUGAUGAAAACCUGCUCCAGAGCGCUCAGGACCUCAGACUGGGGCGAAGGUUCACCUUCCAAUAGGACAACGACCCUAAGCACACAGCCAAGACAACGCAGGAGAGGCUUCGGGACUAGUCUCUGAAUGUCCUUGAGUGGCCCAGCCAGAGGCAGUACUUGAACCCGUACGACCAUCUCUGGAGAGACCUGAAAAUAGCUGUGCAGUGAUGCUCCCCAUCCAAACUGACAGAGCUUGAGAGGAUCUGCAGAGAAGAAUGGGAGAAACUCACCAAAUACAGGUGUGCCAAGCUUGUAGCGUCAUACCAAAGAAGACUCAAAGCUGUAAUCGCUGCCAAAGGUGCUUCAACAGAGUACUGAGUAAAAGGUCUGAAUACUUAUGUUAAUGUGAUAUUUCAUUGUUGUAUUUUUUUUAUAAAUUAUCACACACCCAAAAAAAUGUUGCUUUGUCAUUAUGGGGUAUUAUGUGUAGAUUGAUGAGGGGAAAAAAACAAUUUAAUCCAUUUUAGAAUAAGGCUGUAACAUAACAAAAUGUGGAAAAAGUCAAGGGGUCUGAAUACUUUAAGAAUGCAGUCUAUAUAACCAACGUUCUUUCGAUUGCAGGCAAGGUAUCAUUCAGAUACUUUUGUUUUUCUAUAUCCUUCAGAUAUCUUUGUAUCUGAGAGAAGAAAGUAUGACUCUCAGAUCAGGCCGAGUCUUGUUGGUGUCUUAAACAUUGUCACGGCUUUAUCCCUCAGUGUCUCAGUGUCUCUAUUCCUAUUUGAUAUUUCACAGAUGGUUGUAAGGAGGACCAUCUUCUGUUCAUGUACUUCCUGGGCGUAGCGUUGGGUCUGUGUGUCAUCCUCAUCAUUGUCCUUACUUGCGUUUUGUACAAGAUUAGCAAUUGCAUAGGUAAGCAAUAGUAUUGUGUAAGAUACAGUAUGCUUAUCAAUUGUUGGUAGAAUUACAUUAUUUGACAUGUUUUCGUCAAAAUUGGUCAUAAAGGCUCUUCAUUGUUUGGUGAUGAUGAUUAUAUUGAUUAAUGUGUUUGAUUAAAAGGAACGCAACCUCAGCCAAGUGCUCCUGCAGUCCCCAGUCAUGAUAACCAGGUAACCUGACCUAACACUUGUUUAGCUGUUGCUGAAUCAAAGUAUUUUUCCUUCAAUCAAUGUAUGAAAAUAUGCAUUUUAUUAGAAGGAUUGUUUCACUAUACCGCAAUAUUUAGUCUGAUACCAAAUAUUUGGAUAAUAAUUAUUUGCUAUUCCUCUCAGGAUCAAGAGCCUGAUACUCUACAUUACGCCGCUCUGAACGUCGUCCACAAGAAACCAAAGGCCGGGAGACAGAGGAACGCCAUGGAGAGAGACACUGUGUACUCUGGGGUGAGACGCCAAAACAUGGACUGAAAUGUCAACCUUUCCUCUUUAAUAACUUGCAUUGAUUCUGUGUUCUCUACACUGUAUGUAUGACUGUGGCUUUUUUAUUGUAAGUUACAAUUACUUGUAUUUUGUCAAGCUCCUUUUUACAUUGAUACUGUGGUUCAAUUUUGAACAAAUAAAACAUUCAACUGCUUUUAUUUAGAGGUAUUGUUUUCAUUCAUAUUUUUCUCUGUCCUUACAUUUCUACAACACUUUAAACCAACAGAUUCAGUGUGCAACAACCAUAUCAAGCCUAUUCUCAAUGUAAAAAGAUGGUUGGUUGCAUAAUAACUAUAAAUAUGUAUCUAUUGCUGGUGUUUUAGCCUUUCAAACUGUCUUCAUUUAGCUGUAUCCUGUAUCACAGCUCUCUUUGGUGUUCUGACUUCCCUAAAUAGAUUUUCCACUCACGUAAACUCAACUCUAAACCCCAGCAAUGACCGUCAGUCCUCGCCACACUCUCUUUUCACACACCAUCAAAACCACAAACAUCCAUGCCACUAAGAGCACAACUCUCUCUCUCUCCAAAAGAAAAGACUGAACUAAAAAUAAACUUGUCAGCUGAAUGUACUUUGAAAAGUAUUGAUAUGGUUGAGAGACUGAUUUCAAAUAUGACAAUGUUCACAUAGUAACUGAGCAGUUUUUUAAAACUAUUGACAAAAUGUGAAUAUGUAUAAGUGCACCUUGCAGGACUGCAAUCCAUUUGUCUUUCAACAGGGAGCAGCAGUGGACAUGGAAGUCCUCAUAACUGCCUCAACAGUAGAGUUGGCAGCAACUUGUAGUUGUCAAAACGUUCACUAAUUUGAUUAAGUAUCAUUGACAACUUGCUUUUCUGUGAUAGUUCAAGAAUCUAUAACAAGGUAAUAUAGAUAUUACAUGCUUAUUACACAUCUAUAACAUGUUAGAAAUAAUUUCCAGUUGCUUUAAGUAGCAACCACCUAAAAGGCCAGGCAGUCAUCAUCACUGGAUCAUUACUACUAACCUCAACAUAGUUAUAAUAAAGUGUAACUUAGUAACAAGGAGCAACAAUCACUCAAAAUGAAACAAGACAUAGAGUGAUCUGUAUGAUGAAGACAAUGACUCAUGUGUUUGAGUGUGUAGUUUUGUCAUUGAGUUCCAGAGUGUUUGUAUAAGUAAGGCACACAACCUUGGUCAUAUCUCCUCUGAAAUGUCUUGACCUUCUUUUAGAUGUGUUGAUAGCAUGACACUCACAUCCACCCACACACAGCUAACAAGUUCACAGGUACUUGCGGUCUGCUCUAAGUACGAGGCCAUAUAUAGGCUUUGGUCAGGCCUGCUGGCCUUGUACACACAGGACCCUCCUACGUGCUCUCUGUGUCUCUGUGGUUUUCAGCAGGAUGUCUAUCUGGCGUCAGUCUGUUGUUUUCACAUUUGUUACUGUUGUUCAUGUUCCUUCUGACAGCUUAGAGUAACUGCAAACCGGUUCUUUAUAAACUUUCUCGGAUGUAUAUAGUUAUCUGAAAUCAGUCUCAAACUGCAAAGAACUGCUAAUGAACUCUAUUUGAGCUCUCCAGGUUAAGCAUAUCAUGUAAUGUGUAAUACAGCACCAUCUAUUCGAUAUCUAUGGGCUCAGGGGGAGGGGCCAUUUUGUGAUGAUGUCAUGGGAGAACUAGUACAUUCUCAAUCAGACAAGUGUUCUAGGACUACUGCAGGGUUCUCUGUAAGGAGACCAAUAGAGGAGGAUCCUCCUUCUGAUAGAUUGCCUCCUAUGAGAACCACACUAACCAGAGAGUGAUGCAGAGUGGAUAAAGUGUGUCAUGAAUUGGUUAUAUUAGGCUGGGGUGUCCAAUCAUGCAGUCUCAUUUUUCACCUAGUCGGCUCGGGGAUUCGAACCAGCGACCUUUCGGUUACUGUCCCAAUGCUCUUAACUGCAAGACAAGACAUGUUCAAUGUAUAAUAGCCUUCCUAUGGGUCAUCUGGAAUACUGUAACCACUGAAUGACCUGUUCAAAAUAAUAAUAGUUUUCUUUCAAAUACUUUAGGUACACUUGGUUUUGCUGGUCUUCUGCAAUGGAGGCAAGAUAAAUCAAUUUAACUAAAGUAAGUGUAGAAAACUAAUAGUCUACUAUUUUGACCCAGUGUUCUCGAGAGAGGUGAGAAAACUACUAUUUUGACCCAGUGUUCUCCAGAGAGGUGAGAAAACUAAUAGUCUACUAUUUUGACCCAGUGUUCUCCAGAGAGGUGAGAAAACUAAUAGUCUACUAUUUUGACCCAGUGUUCUCCAGAGAGGGGAGAAAACUAAUAGUCUACUAUUUUGACCCAGUGUUCUCCAGAGAGGUGAGAAAACUAAUAGUCUACUAUUUUGACCCAGUGUUCUCCAGAGAGGUGAGAAAACCAUAAAUCACCAAACAAGUAAAACCUUCAAGACAGUUACUUACAUUCUACAGCAUCCUGUGUCUCAGUGAGUCCAGCCAGUAGACUGUGUGACUCUGUAGGGUGCAAUAGACCACAAGACCAUGGUCGUCUGAAUCAGGCAUUAACAAAGAAGAUUGGGUCCAGUUCAACCAAUCACCCAUUAGCCCAUUGUUGAAGUUUUGUACACAUGGGUAGACUUUCUCCACCCAAGAUGAUAUAUUCAAAGAUGGUGUCACUGUUUAUGAUAUUUCUAAUUCUCAAACAAAUUGUUAAGUUAUAUAACUUUACCAAGGACAUCACUGGGACUAAAGGUCUGAGUGUGAAGAGAGGAGUUGACAGCUUUAACCUGAACAUCUCCAAGACCCAGUUAGGGGACUCAGCUACAUACUACUGCGGUGCUAUUGAAGUGGGCAAAGUCAAAUUUGGAGAAGGAGCUUGUCACGCCCUGGCUCUGGGGACUCUGAAAUGUUGAGCCAGGGUGUGUAGUUUCUAUGUUAUAUUUUCUAUGUUUAGAUUCUAGAUCGUGUUUUCUAUGUUGGCCGGUUGGUUCCCAAUCAGAGGCAGCUGUAGCUCGUUGUCUCUGAUUGGGGACAAUACUUAGGCAGCCUGUUUUGCACUGUUGUUUGUGGGAUCUUGUUCCGUAAGGUUUGUUUUGGUGUUAACCUAGGACUUCACGUAUCGUCUAUCACGCUGCGCCUUGGUCCGCUUCUUAUGACGAUCGUGACAGAAGAUCCCACCAAAAUAGGACCAAGCAGCGUGUCCAGGAGCGGACAGCCUGGACUUGGGAGGAGAUCCUGGACGGGAAGGGAUCCUGGACUUGGAAGGAAAUCCAGGCCGGAAUGGAUCGCCGUCCGUGGGAGGAAACUGUGGAGGCGCGCUGUAGAGAGGAGAAACGGCGCCAACCGGGCCGUCGUCGGACAAGCGAGAGGCAACCCCAAUAAAAUUUUUUGGGGGGGCACACGGCGUGGACGACGAGGCGGCAGGAGGCAGCAACAGGGCGAAGCUGCAGACUAGGAGAGGAGGCCACCAGGUUACGGGGGCUAUUGGUCCAGAGGGAGCAGGAGUUAAUUGGUCAGAGGGAGGAGCUACAGGAUGCGUUAAGGGAGAAGGAGAGUGUAGAGGCACGGCGAGAGGAGCUGGUUAGGCAGCAGAAGGAGCGGAGGUUUAUAGGGCCCGUUCCGGUCCGGCCCGUUCCUGAUCCCCGCACUAAGCCAGUGGUGCGUGUUCCCAGUACGGUCCGGCCCGUUCCUGCUCCCCGCACUAAGGCAGUGGUGCGCGUCGUCAGCCCGGUCCGGCCCGUUCCUGCUCCCCGCACCAAGCCAGUGGUGCGCGUCGCCAGCCCGGUCCGGCCUGUUCCUGCUGCCCGCACCAAGCCAGUGGUGCGCAUCUAAAGCCCAGUCCGGCCUGUUCCUGCUCCCCGCACUAAGCUAGUGGUGCGUGUUCCCAGUCCGGCCCGGCCCGUUCCUGCUCCCCGCACUAAGGUAGUGGUGCGUAUUCCCAGUCCGGCCCGGCCUGUUCCUGCUCCCCGCACCAAGCCAGUGGUGCGUGUUCCCAGUCCGGCCCGGCCCGUUCCUGCUCCCUGCACUAAGCUAGUGGUGCGUGUUCCCAGUCCAGCCUGGCCCGUUCCUGCUCCCCGCACCAAGCCAGUGGUGCGUGUUCCCAGUCCGGCCCGGCCCGUUCCUGCCCCUAGCACCAAGCCAGUGGUGCGCAUCACCAGCCCGGUCCGGCCUGUUCCUGUCCCUCGCACCAAGCCAGUGGUGCGCAUCGCCAGCCCGGUCCGGCCUGUUCCUGCCCCUCGCACCAAGCCAGUGGUGCGCGUCGCCAGCCCGGUCCAGCCUGUUCCUGCCCCUCGCACCAAGCCAGUGGUGCGCGUCGCCAGCCCGGUCCGGCCUGUUCCUGCUCCCCGCACCAAGCCAGUGGUGCGCGUCGUCAGCCCGGUCCGGCCCGUACCUGCUCCCCGCACCAAGCCAGUGGUGCGCGUCGUCAGCCCGGUCCGGCCCGUUCCUACUCCCCGCACCAAGCCAGUGGUGCGCGUCGUCAGCCCGGUCCGGCCCGUUCCUGCUCCCCGCACCAAGCCAGUGGUGCGCGUCGUCAGCCCGGUCCGGCCCGUUCCUGCUCCCCGCACCAAGCCAGUGGUGCGUGUGUCCAGUCCGGCACGGCCCGUGCCUGUUCCACUCAAGUGCUCCACUCCGGAGCCAGAGCAAUCCGCUCCAACGGGGUCCGGUCCAACUCCAGUCAGCGGAUCCACUCCGGAGCCAGAGCAAUCCGCUCCACCGGUGUCCAGUCCAGCUCCGGCCAGCGGCUCCAGUCCGGAGCCUGUACGGUUUGAUCCACUGUCGUCGGGUCCAGCUCCAGUCAACGGUGCCAGACCAGAUCAGGGGCGCAACGGGGAGGUGGAGAGAAAGUGGUGGUCGUGCCUGGAGCCGGAUCCACCUCCGAGGCGUAAUGCGCACCCGGCCCCUACCCUGUUGUGUUUGUAUGGCGCGGUCGCAGUCCGCGCCUUUGGGGGGGGGGGGGGGGGUACUGUCACGCCCUGGCUCUGGGGACUCUGAAAUGUUGAGCCAGGGUGUGUAGUUUUUAUGUUAUAUUUUCUAUGUUUAGAUUCUAGAUCGUGUUUUCUAUGUUGGCCGGUUGGUUCCCAAUCAGAGGCAGCUGUAGCUCGUUGUCUCUGAUUGGGGACAAUACUUAGGCAGCCUGUUUUGCACUGUUGUUUGUGGGAUCUUGUUCCGUAAGGUUUGUUUGGGUGUUAACCUAGGACUUCACGUAUCGUUUUUGUUGUUUUGGUUCGUGUUGUGAGUGUACUAAAUAAAGUAUGUACGCCUAUCACGCUGCGCCUUGGUCCGCUUCUUGUAACGAUCGUGACAGAGCUGUUUUGAUUGUCAAAGGUAAACUAACUUAGUUUUUUAUUUGGGAUUUUCAUUUUGCAUCCAUGAAACUCUAAAUAUCCAUAAGAAAUUGUCAAUAAAUAAAUCUAGCAGGCCAAUACAAUUGACACACCAUGAUCUUAAUCUGUCACUCUUUUCAGAUUUAGAGUCCAACACCAUGUCUGUUGCACAGUAGCCUUUGUCUGAGUCAGUCCAGCCAGGAGACUCUGUGACUCUGAACUGUACAAUACACACUGAGACCUGUGUAGGAGAACACCGUGUCUAUUGGUUCAGAAAUAACACUUGAGUUAGUAAAUUAAUGACAGGGAUAAGACUGACUUUCACUCUGUUGGUGUUUCCCCCACAUACCCUCACAGUAAAGCUCCAGCCCUGUUCACCCUACAUGUCAGAAUAUGUUCAAUGUAUAACAGUCCUCCUAUAGGUCAUCAGGAGUACUGUCUGUAACUGUUGCAUGGGGUGGGGCUAAACCUAUCUAAGACACACAACUGAGUUUGACACCAAGAGCAUACAGGUACAUGUAUGUGUAAUGUAUGCUUGAAAAUGUACUGCAUACUUACCAGAUAACAUUAUAGUUUUAACCCACUUUACUGAAGGAUAUUCAUAUAUUCUCUUUACGCCAUGCCUGAGUAUUGGACAUCUUUGAUUCAGCUUGUACCUAAAAAGAAAACUAUACAAUGUUAAAAAAAUAAUCAAUUAUCAUCUAGACACAACAAAUUGUGUAUGCUUCAUCCACCCUCUAGAAAAUAUCCUAUACAGUAAGCAUUGGUUGAUUUUGCAUGGAUUAUAUGAGUGAUUUUCAGUUACGAAGACCAUGAUGGGCUGAAGAAGGUGUUAACAAAAAUGACGCGUCCAGUUCGACCAAUCACCAAUAACCCCAUUGUUGAAGUGUUGUCUACAUGGGAGGACUGUUUCCACUCAAGACACAGGUUGUGAAGAGGACAACUUCAAAGAUGAUCACACUGAGUCUGUUACUGGCACUUCUUGUAGAGAUGGGUAAGUUCAACUUUUAUAUUUCUCUGCUUAAGGGAUGUACACUCAGGUACAUUAUUGAUGCAAUUAAUAGAUGUAUUUUUUGGGUAUAUAAAGGACUUUUGUAAGUGAUGGAUGAUGUCUCUGUCUGUAUUCUAGCUGCUGCACAAUCCUCGGAAAUUCAUCUUGUUACAGCCAAUGUUGGAGAGACAGUGACUUUGCACUGCUUCUAUAAAGGCAACCUGGCACUGUACUUUAUGUGGUACAAGCAAACAAUGGGUGACAAUCUUCAAAUCUUAUCAGUAUUUUACAAGUAUAACAAGAAUGCAACAUUUUACAAUGAAUUUAAGGGUAACAUUCGCUUCUCAGUGCAAAGCGGUGAAGGAAUGAAUCACCUAAAGAUCUCAGACAUUCAGCUCUCUGAUUCAGCCACAUAUUACUGUGGGAACUCGUAUGCCAACCAGGUGAUGUUUGAAGAAGGAGCCAUUCUUAUUGUGAAAGGUACAACUGAAUUUUGAAUGAAAGGAAAUAGUAACUAAUGUUCUGCAACUAUAAUCUUGAGGGCUUUUCCACAUUACGUUUUGGAUACAAUGGUUUAAUGAUGCUGUAUUUGCAUCAUCAGAUAUUACUGUGUAUGAUUUCAACAUUGUUAAGUUGGGACACAACAUAGAGAACAGAUUUACUGACUUAUAAACCUUCUUGUCAGGAUCAGGGUCCAGAAACAUGUCUGUGCUCCAGCAGCCUGUGUCUGAGUCAGUCCAGCCAGGAGACUCUGUGACUCUGAACUGUACAAUACACACUGAGACCUGUGUAGGAGAACACAGUGUCUAUUGGUUCAGACAUGGCUCAGGAGUAUCCCGUCCAGGAAUCAUUUACACCCAUGGAAACAGGCAUGAUCAGUGUGAGAAAAGCCCUGAGGCUGGGUCUCCUACACAGAGCUGUGUCUACAACCUCCACAAGAGGAACCUCAGCCUCUCUGAUGCUGGGACUUAUUACUGUGCUGUGGCCUCAUGUUGGGAGAUACUAUUUGGGAACGGGACCAAGCUGGACAUUCAAGGUAAAUCCCAUUUAAUCUGUAAAUAUCCCCAACAAUACUGUAUAUUUAUGCAAAUGGCCUACCUCCAAAUGAUCAUAUACAUUUGUCUCAACAAGCUAUACAAUAUCACCAUUAGCUUUUGAUGCCAUAUUUUACUGUUUGAUGAUCUUCCUAAGCGCUCAUGAAUACAAUAUGAAUUCCCUGAUAUCCUUUCCACAGUUCCAGAGCAUGAUCCUCCAUUUGAUCUGAGUCCUACUGUUCUGGCCUUGGUCGUCUCCAACAUCGUUCUGGGGAUAGUGACCCUUCUACUUGUCUGGGCGCUGUGCAAGACUCAGAACAGAGAUAGCAGAGGUAUUACUGUAUAUCUAAUGUAUCCAAUGUAUCUAACGUUAUAGCUGAUGUAUCUAAUGUUUCAUGCAUCUCUAUGCGAUGUACCUUCUGUAAAUAUCAGUUAAAUGACCAAAGUAUAAGCAUUGUUAAUUAACUACAGGAGGUUAAAAAGAGAUUGUCAUAAAAAUAAUAGGUGGCCUUCCUCUAUUUCAAUCUCUUUGAAGGGAGGACAGACGUCCCAACGUCCCAGGGCAAUCAGGUACAUUUGUCAACAUCUAUAAACAAAGUAUAUUUUCAGUUUUUACAAGAAACUGCCAUUUACCUUUCCUUACGGCUAGUAUUCAGCUGUUUGUGCUUUAUAUGUUAUUAAGCUUUAUUGGAAGUAAUAGGUCACUUUACUAGAUGAAGCCUUCUGAUCUUUGUGAUCGUUAUUAAUUUUUCCAUGGAACUUCUGUCUGUCACUGUUCCACUGACUGUCAGGUCAUUGUAGUGGGUGUACAGUCUGAACAGUCCUGUCUUUUGUGGAGUGUUUUCUUCCACAGGAGAAUAUAAACAUUAUAUAGUAGAUCAUGAUAUCGUCAUAAUGUAUUUCCUCAUGGCUCCACCCCCCUCAGAAUCAAGACAGUGACAUGUUGAACUAUGCAGCUGUGAGUUUCACCCCCAAGAAGAACUCCUCCUCCUCUAGAAGAGCAAGAGAGAAGACCAGCAGAGAGGAUGCAGUGUACUCUGAGGUCAGAUACCUGCAGCAGCAGUGAAAGAUAUCACCACUGUCACAAAGACAUCAAGAAUAAUUUUUUAAAAACUAUUUGUAGCCUAAUGAAACAGCUUUUAGUAAUUGAAAUUAGUAUGGAAUUUACAAUGCAACAAAAAAAUGUAAUUUUAACAUUGUCUGUAUGUUAGAUGUACAGUGGGGGAAAAAAGUAUUUAGUCAGCCACCAAUUGUGCAAGUUCUCCCACUUAAAAAGAUGAGAGAGGCUUGUAAUUUUCAUCAUAGGUACACGUCAACUAUGACAGACAAAUUGAGAAUUUUUGUUUCCAGAAAAUCACAUUGUAGGAUUUUUAAUGAAUUUAUUUGCAAAUUAUGGUGGAAAAUAAGUAUUUGGUCACCUACAAACAAGCAAGAUUUCUGGCUCUCACAGACCUGUAACUUCUUCUUUAAGAGGCCCCUCUGUCCUCCACUCGUUACCUGUAUGAAUGGCACCUGUUUGAACUUGUUAUCAGUAUAAAAGACACCUGUCCACAACCUCAAACAGUCACACUCCAAACUCCACUAUGGCCAAGACCAAAGAGCUGUCAAAGGACAACAGAAACAAAAUUGUAGACCUGCACCAGGCUGGGAAGACUGAAUCUGCAAUAGGUAAACAGCUUGGUUUGAAGAAAUCAACUGUGGGAGCAAUUAUUAGGAAAUGGAAGACAUACAAGACCACUGAUAAUCUCCAUCGAUCUGGGGCUCCACGCAAGAUAUCACCCUGUGGGGUCAAAAUGAUCACAAGAACGGUGAGCAAAAAUCCCAGAACCACACGGGGGGACCUAGUGAAUGACCUGCAGAGAGCUGGGACCAAAGUAACAAAGCCUACCAUCAGUAACACACUACGCCGCCAGGGAUUCAAAUCCUGCAGUGCCAGAUGUGUCCCCCUGCUUAAGCCAGUACAUGUCCAGGCCCGUCUGAAGUUUGCUAGAGUGCAUUUGGAUGAAUGUCAUAUGGUCAGAUGAAACCAAAAUAUAACUUUUUGGUAAAAACUCAACUCGUCGUGUUUGGAGGACAAAGAAUGCUGAGUUGCAUCCAAAGAACACCAUACCUACUGUGAAGCAUGGGGGUGGAAACAUCAUGCUUUGGGGCUGUUUUUCAGCAAAGGGACCAGGACGACUGAUCCGUGUAAAGGAAAGAAUGAAUGGGGCCAUGUAUCGUGAGAUUUUGAGUGAAAACCUCCUUCCAUCAGCAAGGGAAUUGAAGAUGAAACGUGGCUGGGUCUUUCAGCAUGACAAUGAUUCCAAACACACCGCCCGGGCAACAAAGGAGUGGCUUCGUAAGAAGCAUUUCAAGGUCCUGGAGUGGCCUAGCCAGUCUCCAGAUCUCAACCCCAUAGAAAAUCUUUGGAGGGAGUUGAAAGUCCGUGUUGCCCAGCGACAGCCCCAAAACAUCACUGCUCUAGAGGAGAUCUGCAUGGAGGAAUGGGCCAAAAUACCAGCAACAGUGUGUGAAAACCUUGUGAAGACUUACAGAAAACGUUUGACCUGUGUCAUUGCCAACAAAGGGUAUAUAACAAAGUAUUGAGAAACUUUUGUUAUUGACCAAAUACUUAUUUUCCACGAUAAUCUGCAAAUAAAUUCAUUAAAAAUCCUACAAUGUGAUUUUCUGGAUUUUUUUUCUCAUUUUGUCUGUCAUAGUUGACGUGUACCUAUGAUGAUUAAGUGGGAGAACUUGCACAAUUGGUGGCUGACUAAAUACUUUUUUUCCCCACUGUAUAUAAUGAUCCUGUAAUGUCUUAAAUAGCCAUAACUUUU